UAUGCAAAACUUUCUCUGCUAGCUUGACUAUCAAGUAAAUCCUUCUUUGCGCCAUUUUGUGCACCAAUUUCCACUGAGUUCCAUUCAGAGGGUGCAUUGUGGGUAGAGGAAAGUAAAGGACAGGCCUGAAUAACAGUGUCAGAACUCUGGGACAUUGAGUUCCAUUCAGAGAGUGCAUUGUGGGUAGAGGAAAGUAAAGGACAGGCCUGAAUAACAGUGUCAGAACUCUCGGACAUUGAAUUCCAUUCAGAGAGUGCAUUGUGGGUAUAGGAAAGUAAAGGACAGGCCUGAAUAACAGUGAAAGAUUUUGGUCCAUCCGUCCGUCUCUCCGACAGACCCAGACCGUCAUUGUGACCCAUAAAUGUCCCAGGAGGCAUUGCAGAUCGUCCAGGUCACCUCCAGGAUUUCCGUUCCUGUCUCAUGGCGGUUUCUGUCAAUACGCUCUCAGCAAUAGCCAUCACUCCUCCGCAAUCUCAGCUCCCUCCUCCGUCCAUCCCUGUUUUCCUCCCUCUAUCCUAUUCUCCUCACUCUUCAAUCUUCAUCACUGCUCUCCUGCCUUAUCGAUCUUCUCUCUCCCCCUGUCCUCCAUGUACCACUCUAUCUUCUAAAACGCACUCCCCCAUAUCUCUCAGUCUCAAUCCCUCUCGCUCCCUCUCUCCCCCUCCCUCCAUCUUUCUCUCUCUCUCUGUGGUCAGAGUCUCUGCUCUCUGACAAGGUCGAAGCCCCAGCAUUGCCUGGAGCUCCUUAAGGUCCGUAAAUGGAGAUUUAAUGUAAUUGAGUGGUGCAGUAAUAGAAUCUAUGAGGGCUGAUCUCGUUAGUAUGGGAUGGAGGGGAACAUCAUACCACAGGGCUGGCCUGGACGUGGGUGGUGGAUCGCUGGUGGUUGUGUUGCAGGAUGUGGGUGGAUGUUUGGUAGGUGGUGUGGUAGGGCAGGGUACAGGAACCAAGGAGGUGGUGGGUGGUUGGUAGGUGGUAGGUGGUAUGGUAUGGCAGGGUACAGGAACCAAGGAGGUGGUGGGUGGUUGGUAGGUGGUGUGGUAGGGCAGGGUACAGGAACCAAGGAGGUGGUGAGUGGUUGGUAGGUGGUGUGGUAUGGUAUGGCAGGGUACAGGAACCAAGGAGGUGGUGGGUGGGUGGUAGGUGGUGUGGUAGGGCAGGGUACAGGAACCAAGGAGGUGGUGGGUGGUUGGUAGGUGGUGUGGUAGGGCAGGGUACAGGAACCAAGGAGGUGGUGGGUGGUUGGUAGGUGGUGUGGUAGGGCAGGGUACAGGAACCAAGGAGGUGGUGGGUGGUUGGUAGGUGGUGUGGUAUGGUAUGGCAGGGUACAGGAACCAAGGAGGUGGUUGGUAGGUGGUGUGGUAGGGCAGGGUACAGUAACCAAGGAGGUGGUGGGUGGUUGGUAGGUGGUGUGGUAUGGUAUGGCAGGGUACAGGAACCAAGGAGGUGGUGGGUGGUUGGUAGGUGGUGUGGUAGGGCAGGGUACAGGAACCAAGGAGGUGGUGGGUGGUUGGUAGGUGGUGUGGUAUGGUAUGGCAGGGUACAGGAACCAAGGAGGUGGUGGGUGGUUGGUAGGUGGUGUGGUAUGGUAUGGCAGGGUACAGGAUCCAAGGAGGUGGUGGGUGGGUGGUAGGUGGUGUGGUAUGGCAGGGUAUGGCCCACGCUUGGAUUGCGUCCUACCUGACAGGUCGCUCCUACCAGGUGGCGUGGCGAGAAUCUGUCUCCUCACCACGCGCUCUCACCACUGGUGUCCCCCAGGGCUCUGUUCUAGGCCCCCUCCUAUUCUCGCUAUACACCUAGUCACUUGGCUCUGUCAUAACCUCACAUGGUCUCUCCUAUCAUUGCUAUGCAGACGACACACAAUUAAUCUUCUCCGUUCCCCCUUCUGAUGACCAGGUGGCGAAUCGCAUCUCUGCAUGUCUGGCAGACAUAUCAGUGUGGAUGACGGAUCACCACCUCAAGCUGAACCUCGGCAAGACGGAGCUGCUCUUCCUCCCGGGGAAGGACUGCCCGUUCCAUGAUCUCGCCAUCACGGUUGACAACUCCAUUGUGUCCUCCUCCCAGAGCGCUAAGAACCUUGGCGUGAUCCUGGACAACACCCUGUCGUUCUCAACUAACAUCAAGGCGGUGGCCCGUUCCUGUAGGUUCAUGCUCUACAACAUCCGCAGAGUACGACCCUGCCUCACACAGGAAGCGGCCCAGGUCCUAAUCCAGGCACUUGUCAUCUCCCGUCUGGAUUACUGCAACUCGCUGUUGGCUGGGCUCCCUGCCUGUGCCAUUAAACCCCUACAACUCAUCCAGAACGCCGCAGCCCGUCUGGUGUUCAACCUUCCCAAGUUCUCUCACGUCACCCCGCUCCUCCGCUCUCUCCACUGGCUUCCAGUUGAAGCUCGCAUCCGCUACAAGACCAUGGUGCUUGCCUACGGAGCUGUGAGGGGAACGGCACCUCAGUACCUCCAGGCUCUGAUCAGGCCCUACACCCAAACAAGGGCACUGCGUUUAUCCACCUCUGGCCUGCUCGCCUCCCUACCACUGAGGAAGUACAGUUCCCGCUCAGCCCAGUCAAAACUGUUCGCUGCUCUGGCCCCCCAAUGGUGGAACAAACUCCCUCACGACGCCAGGACAGCGGAGUCAAUCACCACCUUCCGGAGACACCUGAAACCCCACCUCUUUAAGGAAUACCUAGGAUAGGAUAAGUAAUCCUU